AUGUUUAGCGGAGGAGCUGCCCAACCCACUAAUCGGAAGAAAAGUAAAGAGCCUGUCAAAGAUGAUAAACUAAAAAAAGGCGAAUCAGAACGGAAGCAAAGGGAAGCAAACAAGGUCCCAGAACAGCAAUCACAACCUCGACAACGUGGAAGUGAAGUGGUAGCGAAAUGGGUCAUGCGAGCUCUGAACACGGGAGUAGACGCUCUUAGGGCAGAAUACAGAUCUCUUGCUCGAUAUACUUUACCUGAUGCAACCUACGAAGCCUUCAAGGCAAACCAUGAGGCCGGAAGGAACAGGUACGUAGCACCGACCAGUAUUGCAGUAGAAAGAAUCUUCACGCUCACCUUUUUCGGAUGGAUAGUAGUCUUCAUACAUUACAAAAAUUGA